AUGUAUAAUAUGUUUGCUGCUGCUACUAAAAGUUUUGUGAAGCAGGUUGGUGAUGGAGAUCGAUUAGUUCCUGUCCGUAGCCUCAGUGAAGCUGAUAAAUAUCAACCUCUCAGUCUUGUUAUCAAAAAGAAAAACUGCUUUCUUUCUAAAAGAUCAAAAUUUACAUCAACACCAUUCAGCCUUAAGGACAUUCUUCAAGGAGAGAAAGAAAUUUCUUCAGGUAUUUCAUCAUACCAAUUACUAAAUUAUGAAGACAAAUCUGAUGUAGCCCUUAGCGGCAAGCAAGGAAAUCACAUCAUGAACUCUUCUGGGGUCAGUACUGCAGGGUCGGAUUCCCUUGCAGUGAAGGCUUCUUUCGGUAUUGUAACUAAGCAUGAAGUUGAGGUACCGACAUUGCUCAGAGAAUUAACUAAUAGAAAAGUGGAUUUUGAACACUGCCUUGUUCGUCAGUCACGAGAGAGUAGUAGAACGGUUCUCUGCGUGGUAAUGGAAAGUAUUCGAACCACUCGACAGUGUUCUCUUUCUGUCCAUGCUGGUAUGAGAGGUGACACAAUGAGAUUUCAUAUUAUCGAUGAACAUAAUUACAAAGGGUGUGACAAAGCAAUUGUCUUUCCUGCACAUACAACAAUUGCAUAUAGCAUAUUUGAGCUUUACAUUCGCCUGACUGGUAAUUUUGAACUUUGUGUUACUCCAGAAUCAAAAGGAGGAUUUGAAAAAGAACCAUCAAGAUCAUUUUCACUAACUAAAUUAAGGAAAAACCUGUUUCAUCGAAAUAAAAGGGUGAUGGAUAUCAUUGUCCACUCAGAUAAUUAUUUAGAUGACCUUUUUGCAGAUUAUUAUGAAAAAACAGGAAGCAUAACUGACAUUUCAACAAACUAUUUCCGAGAAGGAGCCCAUGUACGAGUGAAUUUGCUUAAUAACCACAUUCCUAAAGGUCGUUGUUCUUUAUGUGGUAUGGGGAGAUCCAAAAGGGAAACAGUUUAUGGUUGCCUUGAAUGUUCUUUUAAUGGACAAAAGUUUGUACGACUUCAUGCUGUGCCUUGUUUUGAUAUCUGGCACAAAAGAAUGAAGUAGAUUUCUGAUAAAUGUUUAAGGGCUGGCUCCAAAGUUAAUUGUACUUUGUUCCCUGUAAAACCAAUGGAACUAACUAAGUCACAGCUAUCUUUUCAUCUUGAUUUCAGUGGAAUUUAAAUGCAACUAACUUAUUCUGGGUCCAAUUCUGUAUCUGAACUAGGUUUGAUUGUGCCAUCAAGCUCUGUGAAUUUUGACUGCAAACAUGUAAAAGACAGAACCACCAACCUAUUAUUUGCAUCUAUGUUUUAAAAAGAGUUUUCUAG